AUGUACUGUUUAUGUUACAAACUGAAAGGCAGACGUAGACCCACUUUUAUCGUGCUUCUUCGUCCCUCCCGAAAAGAAGAGUUCCGAAUACCAUUUGAGCAUUCUUUCUUUUUCUUUCUUUCUUUCUUUCUUUCUUUCUUUCUUUCUUUCUUUCAGUCUUUCAUUCAUUCAAUCUUUCUUUCUUUCUUUCUCCCUUUACCUCACUCUUCUCCUCUCUCUUCCCUUCUCUUCGCUCCCUCAUUUUUCAUCUCUCUAUUUUCUCUCCUCCCUGCGUCUUUCUUUCUCUCUCACCCUCCCUUCCCUCUCCCUCUAUUCCGUUCUCACUUCCCCUCUUUCUCUACUUCUCUAUCUUCGCUCCUUCUCUCUUCCUUUCUCUCUCUCCCCUUCUCUCUCUUCCCCUCUUUAUCUCUUCCUCUCUCUCAUCCCUUUCACUUCAUCUCUCUCUUCUUUUCCUCUCUCUUCCCUCCUUCUCUCCUCUUCUCUCUCUUCCCUCCAUCUCAUUUCCUCCCUUUCUUUCUCUUCCCUCCAUCUCUCUUCACCUCCCUCUCUCUCUUCUAUACUUUUUCAUUCCUCUCUUUCCCCGUCUAUUCCUCUAUCUCUUCCUUCCCUCUGUUUUACGCUUUCUUUUCCCCUCUUUCACUUCUCUUCCCUCUAUCUCACUUCAUCUCUCUUUUCCUUUCAUCUCUUUUCCUCUCUCUCUCUCUCUCUCUCAUCCCCUCUCUCUCUUCUUCUUUCACUGUUCCCGCCCUCUUUCUUCUUUUCUGCCUCUCCAGCUACCUUUCUUUCUCUCUCUCUCUCCCUCUUUCUCUUCAUCUCUUUCUUCCCCUUUCUACCUUCUUCUUUUCUCUCUCUUCAGCAUUUUAA